AGCCAGCCGCGUCGGGCGGCGCGUGGGGGCGGUACGGCGCAGCCAUGGCGGGGCAGGGUGGAGGCGAGAGCUCGCAGCGUGCGGCCGGCGGGCGGAAGAUGGCCCUGCAGAGAUGUGAGACGUGUGGCGAAGAGGAGGCCAAGUACCGGUGUCCGCGAUGCAUGAAGUAUUCAUGCAGCCUGUUGUGCGUGAAGAAGCACAAGCUUGCCCUGAGCUGUAACGGAGUCAGGGACAAAACUGCAUUUGUCUCCGUGACUGAAUUUACUGACUUGAACCUUCUGAGCGAUUAUCGGUUCCUGGAAGAUGUGGGAAGAGCGGCUGAUGCUGCUGCUCGAGAUCUGUCUGUGCAUCGGCCAACAACAAAUAAAUUCAUCAAUUACUUGAGAAACAGAGCUCGGAGGCAUAAUAUCAAUCUGAAGACACUGCCCAUUGGAUUCACAAAAAGAAGAGAAAAUUCAACUAUCUUCAAUAAGAAGGAGCAGAAGUUCUACUGGCAUUUGAAGCUUGUAUUUCUUCACUGUAAUGCUGAAUACGCUUUAAAAAGAGUGCCAGAGGAUAAAACGCUCACUGAUAUCCUGAAGCCCUACAUUGAUCCAGUGGAGUCAGAUCCAGUAGUUUGUCAAAGAUUAAAGAUAUAUACAAUGUCUCCUCAGUCAGAUGUACAAAUUUUAAUGAAAAUAGAGAACAGGGGGCAAAACUCCACCAGGUACAAUGAACUGGAUGCCAGUAGAAGCCUCCUAGAAAAUUUGAAAAACAAAGUAAUAAUUGAGUACCCAACGUUAUUUGUGGUCUUGAAAAAAUUGAAGAAUGACAUGGUGGUUCUUGGCCAAGAGGCCAGUGAAUCUGCGGAGGACUCGGACAGUGGAAGUUCGUCCCUUUCUUCUGAGGAAGAAGGAGAAAUUCGGGAGAGUUCAUGACAGUUCUAUGAGAGAAGAGGGUGGGAUGAGCCUUUUAUAUUUCCUUAUUUAAUUAAAUCUUUUUUGCACAACUGAUUUUCUCUGAGGUUCAGUUUGGUUUGCUUCACUUAAGGCAGCACUUCCAAACUGCCUCCCUGACUUUGGAUUUAGAAUGCAUACUUAGGUAUGUAAAUAAAGAGAUUGGGAGUGGCUGGUUCCAGAAAAAUCUGCUGAUUUUACUGCAUAGCACCCCUCUGUCCAUGUAUCUCUAUUGAGUCAAUAGCCCAAAUGUAAAGUUUCCAAGUUGGCUUCAACAUUGUGUAUUUUUUCUUUUUAUCAUAGCACCUCAAUGUCAGAUUUCUAAAAGUGUAAAUACUGCAUAUUUGUGUUUAUCUGUGGAUUUGAGUCACAGUACUUCAACUUACUGAUAAAAUCUAGUGUUUCAUUGGAUCAACUUUCUUUUAGAGUAUUUCUUCAUCAUGUAAAGCUGCUGCAUGUGAUCUUUCUUUAAUUUGGACUUCAGUCUUCUGCGGCAACGUUUUGGGUGCCUGAUGCAGUAGAUUAUUUUUUUUUAUGCUUGGUUGCAUCCUGCCUCAUGUUAAGGAGAGAACAAGUUGCACUUUUUUGGGGGGGUGGCAUGCUUCAUCUUCUAAAUUAGUCUCAGUUUAAAAAAUAAAAUAGAAGUGAGUGCCAUUAGUGCUGAUGCACUGAACUUUUUAUAAGUGCUGAUGUUUUGCAUCUGGAAAUUACCUACUGAAGCCUGGUAGUGUAAAUACUGAAAUAUCAACUAAACGUUCGAAGCAUUUGCAAAGUCAUCAGCACAUGAUUACAUGGCAAACAGCUCCAUGAGGUGGUUGCUGCCGUCAUUGCCACUUCAUUUUGCCCCCUGCUUGAGGCUGUCACCUUUGUGACUAAAGGUGGUGCAAGGGAUGCCCACUGGGCAGCCACCUGAGUGCAAGGCUGGAUGCUCUGACCAACAGCUCCCAUGGAGGUGGUUUGUCAGUCACAAGCCAGUGACUGACAUUGCAGAUAAAAAUCCAGCACCUAGCAGUGAAGUCAUGCUGAGGUCUCAGGGGGCUAUGACAGCAAUAUGGAGAAGGGCUCAGGCUCCCAGAGGCUCCACCCAUACCUCAGCACCAGCUUGUCUAGUCCUUGCCAGCCAUACCUAGAAGAGAUUUUUGAGAUGUUCAAGAGCUGUGUAGAAGUUUAUUCACGCCUUUGCAGACAAAUUGUCAUUAAAUUAUUGUUCACAGCUACAUUCAGCUAAUGAGGUUUGGAAAGAACAUUAGAUCUUGGUAGGCACAUACUGCUGCUCCUCACAGGGACACUGUGUGCUUUUUCCUCUGUUUGUUUUGCAAGCUCUGAUAAAACAGGGAAGCUUUUCUCCUCUCCUGGCAGUAGCCACCUGUGCGCUGUUUUCUUUUUUAAUCAUUGUUGGGCUUCUGCCCACAUCUUGUUUCAGUGUUUGUUUUCUUAACCCUAUUUAAAGGACUGCAAUUCCUAGCUAUAGGUGUUGCUUUCAUAUUUUUUCAGUUCAGUGGAAGUGAAUAAGCUUUUCCUAAUCAGUGAUUAUUGCAUGCUCAUUUGGUAGCCACAAAUUACUUUAAACCGCUCUUGAAGCCAUUCAUAUUAACACCUAUAGAAGAGCAGAACAGCAAAACUGCCACGGUUCAUUUGCCAGGAAAUGUUUCGUCUGGAGUAGCACUGUGGUGGUUCUGUGCAGUUGGAGCAUGCAGGGGAAUGGGAGUGCUGCAGAUAUUCAUGUUGGUCUGCGGAUGAUUGUGAUUAGUGUUUGGCUGAGGAACACAGAUCUGUGAUAGAUGUGAUUUGCAUUAUUUCCUGUGCUCAUGGAGGUCUUCGUUGAUAGAAUGAGAGGGUUUCCCCACAUUGUGUUUUCUCAUAUAAAUCUAGUUUAAACUCCCAUGGGAGUCAGAACACAACCCUGAUUUGUUUGUAAAUGAAGAUGCUGUUAAAUCUUUCUUACAGAUGUGAAUCUUUUCUUACCUUAGAGAAAAUCCUAAGCAUUUUGAAGUACUGUUCAUAGAAUGGUUGCUGGAAAUGACAUUUGACAAACAAAGCUAUGAGCCAUCUUCCACAUCUGAACUGAGAGUAAAAGUCCAUGUUAAUACA